AUGGAGAAUGGGCAGCAGCAGCCACUUCUCUCCGGCGACAACUGUCCCAAUAACUACACAACCCUAAGCAAGUUACUGGCGGCGCCCUUGACUUGUCAAGCAGAUGAAGAUGGCGUGCAAAUCAAUGGAGUUGGAGAUUUUUGUAAGGAGUUUUAUGUAGAAUCUAAAAGACUAUGGUAUUUGGCCGGACCGGCCAUCUUCACCUCACUUUGCCAGUACACCCUCGGCGCCACCACCCAACUCUUCGCUGGACAACUUGGCACCAUUCAACUCGCCGCCGUCUCCGUCGAGAACUCCGUCAUUGGCGGCUUCUCUUUAUCCAUCUUGUGUGGGAUGGGAAGUGCUUUAGAGACACUAUGUGGCCAAGCCUACGGCGCCGGAAAAAUCGAGAUGCUCGGAGUCUACCUGCAAAGAUCAUGGAUAGUCCUUAACACCGCCGCCAUGGUCCUCAUGUUUACUUUCAUAUUCGGCGUCUCAGUCCUCCGCCUGCUCGGCCAGACAACAACUAUAUCAAUGGCGGCCGGAAGCUUUGCCGUUUGGAUGAUUCCACAGCUAUUCGCUUACGCCACGGUGAUCCCAAUAGCUAAAUUCUUACAAGCACAAAGCAACAUUAUGCCUAUGGCAGUGAUUUCUGUGGUGGCAACUCUCAGCCAUGUGUGUUUGACCUGGUUGUUCAUGGUGAAGCUCGGGUGGGGUCUAGCCGGAGCGGCGGUGGUUCUUGAUGGGUCCUGGUGGUUCAUAACCUUGGCUCAGAUCGCAUACGUUAUGUGGGGUUGUUGUGGUGAAGCGUGGUCUGGUUUUUCCUGGAAAGCUUUUCGUAAUCUGAAGGGGUUUCUUCACGUUUCGUUUACCACGGCCGUAAUGUUUUGCUUGGAGACUUGGUACAUGAUGUCGCUGGUUCUUUUUGCGGGGUACUUUGAAAAUCCAGAAACCUCUGUUGAUGCACUAUCUGUGUGCCUCAACAUAUUAGGAUGGGUGUGCACAAUUUCUUUAGGUCUCAAUAUAGCCGUAAGUGUAAGGGUGUGA